AUGGCGCUGUUCCUCAGCGACUUCCUGUUGCUCCUGCUGCCGUGCCUCCUCCUCGCGCUGCUGUCGGCGGCGCUCCGCUGGCCCAGGACUCGCCGCUGGACGGACCGCGCUCUGAAGGCCGCGGGCCGGAGGCUCUGGACCGUGGUCUGCUGGACCCUGAAGCUGCCGCUCUGUGACGACGCAGAGGCCGGGUCACCGGGGGCCCCGGCGGGGUCGGGUCAGACCCCCGACGGCCCCCGGCUGGUCUGCAAACCCACGGCGCUGGCCCGGUAUCUGCUCCGCCACUGCGGCUGCCUGGCCGGGCCCGGGCCCCGGGGGGACCCCCACCUCCAGACCGCGUGCAGCCAGCUGUGGGAGCAGCGCGAGCGGGCGCUGCGCUUCACCAGAGACCACCUGCUGCUGCGGGACGGGGGGGUCGUGGCCCUGGACUGGGCCGUGGGGACCAGAGCGGGGGAGGCGGCGGAGAGGAGGAGGAAGGAGCAUCACGCCGGGGGGAAGGCGCUGGGCUGCUUCACGGCGGCGCCGCCCGUCCUCCUCCUCAUACCGCAGUGCUGGGGGGGCAUGACCCCCCACCUGAGGGCGCUGUGCCAGCUCGCCAUGCGCCAGGGCUUCUACGUGGUGGUGUUCCACCCCAGAGGCACGGCCGGCUGCCCGCUGGCCACGGCGCGGCUCACCGAGUUCGGAGAUCCAGCUGAUCUGGAACAGGCGGUGUCGUACAUCCGCAGCCGCCUGCCGUCCUCCACGCUGGUGGCGGUGAGCGAGGGCUCGGGUUCGGGGGUCCUGCUGUCCUACCUGGGGGAGAGCGGGUCCAGCACUCAGCUGACGGCGGCCGCCGCCAUCUCCCCCGUGCUGCUGGGACAGAGGUGGUUCGAGGCGGACAUGCCGCCCCUGUAUCGCUGGGGGGCUUUAUUCCAACGGAAACGACCGCUCAGGAGGUACGCCAGCUCCUUCAGGGGCGUCCUGGACGUGGACCGGGCCCUCCGCUGCGCCUCCCUCAGAGACCUGGAGGAGACCCUCUUCUGCUCCUCCUCCUCCUCCUCGCCUCCCCCCUGCUCCAGACCCCCGUCCCGGGGCCGGGGCCCGCCGGUGGCCUGGGCGCUGGGGGAGCGGGCCUUCCCCGCGGAGGACUGGGGGGGCUACUGGGAGAGGAACGAGCCCCUGAGGGACGCCGACGACGUGGCGGCGCCCCUGCUCUGCAUCUGCAGCCGGGACGACCCCCUGCUGCCCCCGCCCUCCUCGCUGCCGCUCCGCCUCUUCCAGAGCAGCCCCUUCUUCCUCCUGCUGCUCACCGACAGGGGGGGCCACUGCGGGUUCGCCCUGCAGGGGGCCGGGCCUGGGGGGGAGGAGGAGCAGCCUGGGGAGGCCGUCUGGAGUCACAACGUAGUACUCGAGUACUUCAAAGUAGUGGCGGACUUCCUGAAGGUGGGAGAGAGGGAGGGGUCCGGGUGGGGGGGCCCGCAGGAGGAAAACAUUCAGGCUCUGCUCAGGAGCAGGAGCAUGAACCCGGCCCCCCUUCGGAAGAGGAGGCCCCCCAUCAUGAGGAGACCCCGGCCCCCGGCAGCGCCCUUCGAGGACGCAGAGGAGACGUUCACCUGGAGGAGGUCCUACACCCGCUGA